AUUAGAAAUUACAUUCAUUUGGCGAUUGCACUUUUAGUUUCUGUGAAUCGUUUGUCGCGACCAACCGAAUAACCCAGGCAGGAUACCUCCUACAAACAACAACAAAAAACGCUGUGAUUGGCAAUGGCAGCUCCAGUGCUGUGGCAGAACUUCAAGGUGUUCCUCACCAGGUAUCCGAUAGCGAGGGGCAUGAUAUCGUACAGCCUGAUUUGGCCCUCGGGCAGCCUCAUCCAGCAGACAUUCGAGGGCAAGAGCUGGGGCAACUAUGACUGGUGGCGUGUGAUGCGCUUCAGCAUGUACGGUGGCCUCUUCGUGGCACCCACACUGUAUGGAUGGGUUAAGGUGUCCAGCGCCAUGUGGCCGCAGACCUCACUGCGCACGGGCAUAAUUAAAGCGGCGGUGGAGUCCAUUUCGUACACACCGGGUGCCAUGACCUGCUUCUACUUCAUCAUGAGUCUGCUCGAGUCCAAGACGGUCGAGGAGGCUGUCUCUGAGGUUGGCAAGAAGUUUCUGCCCACCUACAAGGUGGCUCUGUCAGUGUGGCCGCUUGUUGCGACCAUUAAUUUUAGCCUCAUACCAGAGCGCAACCGAGUGCCGUUUAUUAGCGCCUGCAGCCUGUGCUGGACGUGUUUUCUUGCCUACAUGAAGCAUUUGGAACACCACGAGGUGGAUGUAGCCAUUUAG